GAAGCCACUAUCUGUUACGUAGCAUUAGCAUUUAGCUCAUCUGCCAAACACUCGCUCUUUUGUUCUUCCUUCCUUUUAGAGCUAUUUACACAAUCCAUACAUACACGGUCAGCGGGACCUUUGCAACUGUUUUUACUUGAAUAAGAUGGUCGUUUUGACAAAUAAUGACGAGCAGGAUUAUAUCCUGAUAGAGGAACGUAAAUGCACCUCACUGCCCUGCUCUCCAGCCAAGCGAGUGUCUCCUGCCAAAAAGAAGCAGUUUUACAUCAACAAAGCCAUUCGCAACUCUGACCUCACUCCCCGUGCCAAGGGCAAAAAGAGUCUCCGCCGACAGGAGAAUGCACUCUAUCUUAACAAUCUUCUUGAGAAGGAUGAGUGCACCAAAGAUGAUCUGGAGGUCUGCAGUAGCCCCGCCAUCCCGUCCAUCUUCACUGAGGCUUGCACCAAUGGAAACUACGUAGAGCCGUGGAAUGACUUCAUGAAUUGCUCCGGCGAGGAGCAGGAAAGGUUGCUGUCUCUUCUGGAGGAGGAACAGGCCAAGAGGAACACCAUCCGCCUUCUCAAAGACCAGAGAAAUGUAUAUUCUGUCUUCGCUGCUCACGACUGCUUCCAGAGAAUCGAUCGGAGGCUUCGAGUGACUCUGAGACGGAAACAAAUACCCAUGGGAAUGUUGGAGGUUCUUGAGGAAAACCUUCUGAGCUUCUUCAGGGCAGAGCCCAACUCUGUUUACACAACUAACCUGAGCAGCAGUUUUGAGAGGCUGCUGCUUCAUGCCAUCUGCCAGUACAUGGAGCUGGACUCUGCAAGCACCAACCACAACGGGUCCCGUCAGACUGAAGUGGUGAACAAACAGAAAGACUUUCUGCCUCCUGAACAUCUGCUGUCUGCAUAUCUGGAGCAGAUGAGCUGAGGCCAAGACCAUGUCCUGAUUCCCCAGUUCUUCCAGAAGAAGGCACAAGCUUUGUGGCAUUUAGGUACAAGUGCAGUCGGUUUUUAGUGUUUUUGGUCAGUUUAUGAAAUAAGUUUGCAUUAAUUCUAUCCACACGAGUAAACGCUGGACAUACUUUAUAUGCAUGAUAUUGGAAGGCUGCGACUCAGAUGGCCUGAACAAGCAUCUGAGGCUUAAAGUCAGGCAGACGGUCCUCAAAAUAACCCUUUAAAAAUGGACGUCACCUCUUCCACCAUCGUCACCGUCACAUGAACCGCCCACAGCAGCAGAAAUGUCCAAAUAUUUCUUUCUUUUAGUCCAUCCAGGUGUGUUUUCUGGUUUCAUUAUAGAGCUGCGUGGCUCAUUCUUAGCCAAAAUAUACAGGACUGUCUCAGAAAAUUUGAAUAUUGUGAUAAAGUUCUUUAUUUUCUGUAAUGCAAUUAAAAAAAAAAAAAAAAAAAUGUCAUAAAUUCUGGAUUCAUUACAA